GCUAUAAAAAACAGAUGUUUUUUUGCCUUUCCCGGUGCGGUGUUUUGGCUGGUUUUGGCAAGAGUUAAUUUAAUUUUAUACACUAAAAACAAUGAAUUCCAUUUGGUCUAGUGGCUCAAUCAUAUAAUAUUUAUUUAGUAUAAGUUGUGUUGAUAACCAUUUAUUGUUUGUUUUCACUUCAACAAUGUUCCCAACAAAUCAUAAAACAAUAUUUGUUUUGGAUCACACUCCUUACUUUGGGAUUUCUUCGGACUUUCCUAUAGACUUCGAUACAUCAAAGAGCCGCGGUCCUGGCUAUGUGCCUUUGCCGCCAGUUUGCAAGUCCUUGUGGACUUGUAGCGUUGAGGCUGCCGUUGAAUACUGUAGAAUAGUUUGGGAUUUAUUUCCUGAAGGGAAACUGGUACGAUUUGUUGUUAGUGAUUCUGCAGCUCAUAUUUUAAACACAUGGGCUGUAACACAGCAAAAUCUAACACAUAUUCUAAAUGGAUUAUGCUUGGUGGGUCCGGUGAGGCGCGGCGCUGGUGGAGACGUGGUUGGCUUGUGUGCCGCUAUAGAGGCUUUGGCUGAGCCCUCUCCUACGCAAGCUGCUCAGCCAGCUGCCGAGAGACUGUUACAGAAUCGGGGAAGAAUAAUAUGCAUAACUAGUGCAAGAGAUGAUGACUCCAUAAGAAGUUUAGCAGGCAUAGCGAUGAACACACUCAUACAGCAAAACAAGAAGGCGACUAUGCCUCAGCCUUCCAACAGCCCGGAGGCAUCAGCUGCUCCUACAUCUCUAGUGGUUCAUUACUGUCACCUAGUGAUCAUAAAUGUCACACCAGAGAAGGCAGACACGAGAGUCAACAACCAAUCACUGACUGAGAUGGGAGGUGGUCUUAUGGGUGUAGAAGUGAUAGUGUCCAGGGCCAGUAAUCUAGCUAAUUUGCUAGGUCGUUUGGUACUGCCACACUACAGGUUAGCAACCACCACGGUCACUGGUAUUCCUAUGAAGGAAGAGCAAAAUGCAAGCUCCAGUGCAAACUAUGACGUGGAGAUAAUUCACUCGUCAGACGCUCACACAGGAUUGAGGGCAUCCCAGACAGCUGCUGAAGCAUCGGAAUCUGUGGUGCUUCGCUGGUGGACCCCCCGGGGGGCCGAGGGCGGCGCGGGCAGCUGCAGCGGGCCGCUGUGGCGCGUGACGCCCGCCGACGUGGCGUCGCGGCCGUCCGCCUGCCUGGUCAACUUCCUGCUCAACGGCCGCUCCGUCACGCUCGAGGUGCCCAGUCGCAAAGGCGGGGGCAGGUCAGCGUCCCACGUGUUGGCAGCGCAGGGCGGCGAGCUGUGGAUCGGCGCGCUGGGCGGCCGCACGACCUACGACGACCCGCCCGCCCUGUCCGAAGGCGCGGGCGGGAGGGUCACCGACUACAGAAUAAAAGAAUUCGGCGCACUAAUGCAACAGAACCGUCUCGCUCCGUUGCGCGGCGCGGGCGCCAACGGGCGGUCGCGUGCGCGUCUUCAAAGGCACACUACGUACUGGCCUCUUACUAUAUCCUCCACGCUCAUAUUCAACCUGGGAUCGACCAUGGAGCCGUUAACAAGGCUGGUGGUUCAAGAGUCCCUGACUGACGACGAGGUGGACACGUGUCGAGGCGUGCUGGUCAAUCUAUUGGGCAUGGAGUCAAGGCAUGAGUUCCCUUCUGCACAGCUGCCUUCCAAUAUGAGGGGCAAAUCCAGCGGGCGCCGCGAGGAGCAAUGGCGGCAAGUAUGGAGCGAGUUGGAAGCGCUAUUGCGCGCGCAUUCCGCGUCGUCCGCGCAUCGCGCGUUGCUACGAGUGCUGUUAGAAUGCCGCGCCCACAACAACCACGCGUCCGACAGCGAGUCUCGGGCGACUGUCAUUCGUGCGACAACAGAUUCUCCUCUGUCGCCAGUGGGUGCGGGCAACGGGUCCAAUGCGGGUGACGUUUGGGCCCCCCGGAAUGUUCUCGACGCGCUACUGGGCGGGCCGAGGCCCUCCCGUCGGCCUGACUUCGCGGGUAGAAUGGCGGCCGGCAACAGAAUUGCGACUCUCUACCCUCAGUUGCAGCAAGACGUCGAGGCCCAACAUUAGACUACCUUCCGAAGAAGACUUCUUCGUAUAUACAUAGAUCGUGCUAUCCACAAAGACAUGCCCCACCAAUUUUUGGCCGAGGGAAGCGCGGGGUGCGGGGAAUAUGAUCCGAGCAAUCCGAGCGUCAUUAUUGUAGUGUGCGUGUGCACUCAUGGAUAAUUUAGCGUGUACGUGUACCGAUAACACUCCAACAUUAGCUGAAGAAUGGUGGGGCGCGUUUUGGUGGAUGGCACGAUCUGUACUUUACUCCAGAAAUGCAAAGAGUUCUAAGUAUACUACUACAGCUUAGGUUGUGAGAAUUGUAAGAUUUAUUGGUCAAAGAACUACGGUCAAAUCUACAAGUCAAUAGUCGAUUGUGAGCGAGUGACAACAGAAACAGAUAUUGUUUUUAUGUGACCGUUAAAGUUCUAAGUGCGUACUUUGUUCUGAAUGGUUUGUUAAUUUCAUUCUAAGUUGUCAUGCCUGUUUAAUAGUAUACGUAGAAUUUUCCGCGAGUGCAAAAAAUACUGCAGUUCAAUGACCUCCUUCAAUGCGAAACACAUGACACUUGACGUACUUUUGUAAACCGUUGCUCGAGUAAAUUGUAUGGAAAUAUUGUAUAGAGCCUUGACGUCACACGUCAGUACUUUUUCGAGGGACAAUUUGUUGAGUUCAAAUGCUUGCGUAGUCACGUAGAACUAAAAAAUAUAUUACAUGUAUAAAUUUUCUUAUAAUCAAAUGAGAUAGUGAUCAGUUUUAGUUUUUUUUUAAUUUAAGUAAAUCUUUUUAAUUUAUGUUCAAAUGUUUAAAAAAUAGUGCCAAGAGUUUAAUAUUGUGAAGAAAGAAAUAAAAAUGGUUUACAUUUAUGAAGUUUGUGCAUGUAUAAAUAAUUGACAAAUGGAAAAAUGAGCUCUGAAAAAUGUAUUAACAGAUCUUUAAAACUGUCUGAGUAUGAUUUUAAUAAAUAAUUUUUAAGACUA